GCCUCCGCGAGAGCCGCCAGACAAGUCGCAGACGACUGCGGCUGCGACAGCUCGCUUUCCCGUGCCUCUGGACCCUCUGCCUGCUGGCCGGCUCUGCGCUUGGCUGAGUUUGCAUUGCCUGGGCUGCCUUGUGCUCCCACGAUAAUCUGGAAGUCGCUACCGAGACCCAUCGGACCGUUGAAACCUCACGUCUCUCCCCUUCACCGGCAGUCUCGCACUCCUCAUUCACCCGCGACAUCGGUGCCUAAUAAACACGCUGCCCUCAUGUCUCCGCGCCCAGAACCUUCGUGGUAGCACCUCUUCGGCCCCUCUGCUUCGAUUCUCAGUCCUCUACCGCAGCCGCCGCGCACCAGCAAUGGCUUCCUCGAGCUUGCAACAAAUGGCACCGACCCUGAUCAGCCGGUCCAAGACUCUAAUCAACAAUGACCUGAAGCGGAUAUGCAAAGAGGAGGGCCUCUCGCAGACUGGAGUCAAGGCCGUCCUCCAAAACCGAGUUAUCGACCUCAUCAACGGGGCCAUCCAGUCCAAUAACCACGAGCUGUUCAACCGCCUCCAGCAUCGCGUUGCCCACAACGGCGCUGCCCCGCCCAUCUCGUUGACUCCUCAACUACCGAAUCAAUCGUCCCCGGCCACGCCAAACGGAUAUUCAAUGUCAAAUGGCUACCAGCAGUCGUACGGCGCCUUCCAGCAGCCGCAGCAGCUACCCCACCGCCCGCAGUACUUCUUCAAGGAGAGCCCCUUUUUUGAGAUAAGGGAACUGGUGCUCGGCAAUAUAACUCUUGAAGCCUCCCCAAGCCAUCGCCAAAACUGUACGCGGUCCCUCACUCUCAACGAGAGCACAACCGCGCGGAUGAAGGGUGAUCCGACUUUGCGCUUGCUGCUCUUCUCCGCCAUGGAGCAGCCCCUCGCCCCUUACACGCGAUUGGAUAUCGCCUUCCCGAGUCAAAUAGAAGUGCGAUUGAAUGGUGAAGAGGUGAAAGCCAAUUACAAAGGUCUCAAGAACAAGCCAGGCUCGACACGUCCAGCGGAUAUCACACCUUUUGUUAGACUUUCUCCGGCGAACUACCGAAACAAUCUGCUUAUCACCUAUGCCCUAACGCAAAAGAAAUACAAUCUCUUCGUGUAUAUGGUGCGGAAGUCCUCGGUCGAAGACCUAACGAAGCGAAUCAAACAGCGCAACGUCAUUACGAAACAAUCCGUCCUGAACGAAAUGAUGAAAAAGGCCAAUGAUCCGGACAUUGUCGUUGAGUCUAGCGUCAUGUCGUUGAAAGAUCCAAUUUCCACUCUCAGAAUAACAACGCCGUGCAGGUCCACCAUUUGCACGCAUAACCGGUGCUUCGACGCAGAGUCGUUUCUCCAGUUGCAAGAGCAAGCGCCCACCUGGACCUGUCCAAUUUGCAACAAGACAAUAUCCUUCGAGGCGUUAGCCGUGGAUCAGUACGUCCAAGAGAUCCUGGAAACGGUCCCUAGGGGCACGGAUCAGGUCACGAUUGAACCAAACGGGCAGUGGUCAAGGCAGACAGAGACCUCGCCAGACCACACCAAUGGCCACACUGGAGACUACGACAGUGAAGACGAGGACUUGGUCGAGAUUUCGGAUUUCCGCCUCUCGGCGAUCAAGAGCGAGGCUGCCCCCACCCCUCAGUCCAUGACCAAUACUCCUCCGCUGCCUUCGCGGGAAGCUUCAAGCGCGCCAAGAACGGGGAGCAAGAGGACUUCAGAAGUGAUAGAUCUUACGCUAUCGGACGAGGACGAGCCACCAAGGCCAGCCAAAAAGGUAGCGUACAACACACCCAGCAGCCUUCCAGAUCCAUCACGUCGGUAUCAGUUGCCUGCUUUUGGAACACCUUCUGCCCCCAUGCGUCCCCAAGCACAAUCACACCAUAGCAUGUCUUCGAGCUUGCGAAUGGAUCCUCCUCCCCCUUCCCAGAACCACCAGUCAUACGGAGGCUACCGCCAACCGCCGCCACGUCACAGCUAUUCCGGACAGGGAACCUCAACGUACCCAACGUACAUUGACAGUUCCCCUUGAAGACCCAAGCAUUGCUCGUUGGUUUUUGUAGAAUUAUAUUGGCCUUGCUAACGCUAUCACUGGGUUGUAGGGUAGAAGAGGGCCAGGGAAUACCUGAUCCCUUGCCGACUCGGAACAAUGUUGCGCAAUAGACUGCGCAACCUGACCGGUUGGGCCUCCCCUACUUCUCCGAUAUUUCCUUGAUCUGAUGACGACUUAGCGCAAGGCGUUUUGGGGUUCCUGCACUAGAGCAAGCAAAGUCCGCGCGAUGAGGUGCCGGCUCAAACCAUGCCCUCAUGGAUGAUGCCUUAGCUUGCGUGCUUGGCACAUUGACAGACUGGGGUUAUC